UUGAAGGCGUCGUUAUUCCCAUUUCCGGUCCGAGUGACACUUGCCAACGGCGUUUACGCAACUUCACAGAAACUUAUGAAACCCAGUCAUUUUUGACCGAGUCACCAGAUGGCCCACCGUUGCUGACGUCAUCAACAUUGUGCCCUGUCCAUGUAUCUAAACAAGAAAGAGCUGCGGGUAUCUCGUCGCCAUGCAGUUGGAGGCGCAGCUUCGUCUCUGUCAGACUUGCCUGAGGUGCUGCAAGAGUGGACUGCGUCUGUUCUCACAGAGAAAAGCUGCAAACUACUACGACCUGCUGGGAGUCAAAUCUGAUGCCACCUUGGAUGAAAUAAAACAUGCAUUUUUUGACAAAUCUAAAAAGAUGCACCCGGACCGCGACCCGUCCAACCCGGCGCUGCACGGCCAGUUCGUGCAGCUGAACGAGGCCUACCACGUGCUGAGCAAGGAGCCCAGCAGGAAGGAGUACGACUUCAAAAUCAGCGGGGGAGGCCACGCCUUCCGAUCCGCAUCCAGUCACAGCAGCAGCAGUGCAGAGGCGCAGGCCAGCAUGCGUUACUGGGAACAGGUGCACCAGUCCCACGCCAGGGAGAUGUCUGCAGAGGAGAGGGAGCGGCAGCGUAAGAGGAACUUCCGCCUGAUGGGCUACUGCCUCCUCACCAUGACGCUCAGCAUCGGACUGCACUUCGUUUUCUUCAGAAAACUGGAAGAGGUCCACACCAACUACAUGGACGAGAAGGAUCGCGUCAUCUCAGAAAUAUACAACGAGUCCAAAGAGAGGGCCAGGGUCAACGGUUUUAAGAAACAGACGGAAAUCAUGCGACAGAAACACGCAGAGUUUUUGGAGAAAUACAAAAUCCGCAGCACGGGGGAGAAGUAGGAGAGUUUUAGACUUUGAGAUGUUUCCUCAUUUCAAGGUGUUUGAACUCCUUGAAUGAACAAUGAGGAUCAUGUGAGGCAUCAGUGACAUUUAUUUAGCACCAGGCGGAUGCACACAUUUCUAAGGGAAAUGGUGAAAACAGUCCAAACAGUUGUAUUGACUGUAAAAGACAAAACUGGUUAUGUUUAGUUUCAGACGCCUGAUUAUUGUCCAUUGACUAUUGUGAGUAGUCAUCAUCACUUCCUUCCUGCUCAUUCUUGCCUGAGAUUUGCCACAUUAAAAGGAAAGGUUGUAUUUUGGUUGUAAAACUCUACUUUUUGUCUCUUUUGAUGCUACAAGUGUGACCUUUUGCGUUGAAUUGCAAUGACACACUGGCCCGACACCCACUUGCUGCUAAGAUGAUGAAACAGUU